GAGAUCACUUGGGGGCACGAAUGAUUACGAUCCUCCUCAUCCAGGAGAUUCAAUUUCAAUCUCUGACGUUUUCUCCACUUCUUAGGGAUAACUAUUAGCCUUUGUACUCUCUCGUUUAUCUUCACUGUCGGAUCUCGUAUUUAAUUAGUUCUCGUGGCAGGAUAUAUAUAUGUAAUCUCAUUCUUUUUGGGGAUCAUCAUAAGAGAUGGCUUUUGUGGUAACAUCACUAAUAUUCGCUGUGGUCGGCAUAAUUGCUUCAAUAUUCACUAGAAUCUGCUUCAACAAAGGCCCCUCCUCCAAUCUGCUACAUUUUACUUUGGUCAUUACAGCCACCGUCUGCUGUUGGUUGAUGUGGGCAAUUGUAUACAUUGCGCAGAUGAAGCCUCUCAUUGUCCCUAUCCUAAGCGAGGUUGAGUAGAUACCAAUCUCUACUCAAAACACAAUAACCCCCCAUGUCUUCCUCGUACUAGCAAACCAACUAUUUGAGUGUAUGCUCUGUCUUUCUUUUUCUUCUUCAAACAUAUCUCCUCUUGAAUCUUGGUCUCAUUCACUUCUGGAACAGUCUUCACAUUAUACUCUGAAGACUACCAGAGAGUGUGUAUUAUUAUUGAUAUAAUAAAUUUUUAUUUGGAAGAAUACUA